AUGGGGCCAUUUAUAGCUCUCGCCUGUGCUGCCAUGUCUCAUGAGUCUGCUGUCAGUGAGUCAGUGCUUGGUGGAGGGAAGGACCAGGGCUUGCAGGAGCUGUGUCUCCUGACUAGCUGGGUGACCUUGAGUGAAUCCUGGAACUGCUUUGGCCUCAGCAUCCCCGUUUGUAAGAUCUUUACUGACUUCAGCAAACGCGUUCGGCAACACCGUUUCCGGGCUGUGCUGCAUCCGUUCCCUCUCUCGGCCCUUCUUCCCUGCGGCGUGUGCUGUUCUGCGCUGUUGCGCUGCUCGCGCCUCUCCGCAGUCCUCUGUGUUCUCUUACCUGGUUUGCAUUGCGCUGCUGCUUGCUGGCGCCCCGUGGGCUCUGCCCUUCCUGCUCCCCUCCCUCAGUCAGUGAGGAAGCAGCUGAGCAGCGCUGAAAAGCCUAAUCUUGAUCAUGUGAACUCCAGUUAUUUAAGAUCUGUCAACCAGCUACAUUAUGUUUCUGAGUCCAUGCUUGACAAGCAGUUACAGGGUUCACCAGAUAGAGAUGGAAUUCAGCCCAGCCCACAUGAACCACCCUACAAUAACAAAGCAGAGUGUGCGCGUGAAGGAGGAAAAAAAGUUUCGAAGAAAAGCAAUGGAGCACCAAAUGGAUUUUAUGCAGAAAUUGAUUGGGAAAGAUAUGGAAGGGGUAACAGCAGGGAAGGCCCCAAGGAGGAUGUGACCUUUAUCCAAAGCCGUGAAGUACAAAACUCACCUGAGCUGGAUGAAGAAGGCUACAGCAUCAGACCUGAGGAACCUGGCUCUACCAAAGGAAAGCACUUUUAUUCUUCAAGUGAAUCGGAAGAGGAAGAGGAAUCCCAUAAGAAAUUUAAUAUCAAGAUUAAGCCAUUGCAGUCUAAAGACAUCCUCAAGAAUGCUGCAACUGUAGACGAACUGAAGGCAUCAAUAGGCAACAUUGCGCUCUCUCCGUCGCCAGUGGGUGCAAUUAAAAGGAACUUAUCCAGUGAAGAAGUGGCGAGACCCAGGCGCUCCACACCAACUCCAGAACUUGUGAGCAAAAAACUUCUGGAUGACACUGUGGCCCUGGCCCCUCUCUUUGGCCCACCAUUAGAAUCAGCUUUUGAUGAACAGAAGACAGAAGUUCUUUUAGAUCAGCCUGAGAUAUGGGGUUCAGGCCAACCAAUUAACACAAGCAUCGAGUCGCCAAAGUUAACAAGGCCUUUUCCCACUGGAACUCCUCCACCAUUGCCUCCAAAAAAUGUACCAGCCACCCCACCCCGAACAGGCUCCCCUUUAACGGUCGGACCAGGAAAUGACCAGUCAGCCACAGAGGUCAAAAUUGAAAAACUACCAUCAAUCAAUGACUUGGACAGCAUUUUUGGCCCAGUGUUGUCCCCCAAGUCUGUUGCUGUUAAUGCUGAAGAAAAGUGGGUUCAUUUUUCUGAUACAUCCCCGGAACAUGUUACUCCAGAGUUGACUCCAAGGGAAAUGGUGGUGUCCCCACCAGCCACAUCAGACAACGCAGCCGACUCUCUGGCUCCGGGAACCCUGGGCCCUCCAGGCCCCCCAGGCCCCCCAGGGACCCCGGGUCCUCUUCGCAAUGCACCGUCACCACUCAAUUUAGAAGAAGUCAAGAAGAAAAUCGCUGAGCAGACCUUCAUUAAAGAUGAUUACUUAGAAACAAUCUCAUCUCCUAAAGAUUUUGGGUUGGGACAGAGAGCAACUCCGCCUCCCCCACCACCACCCACCUACAGGACUGUAGUUUCAUCCCCUGGACCUGGCUCGGGCAGUGGUACAGGGACCACCAGUGGUGCGUCGUCCCCUGCUCGGCCAGCCACUCCCUUGGUUCCCUGCGGCAGCGCCACCCCGCCUCCACCCCCUCCACGGCCUCCAUCGCGGCCGAAGCUGCCUCCGGGAAAACCUGGAGUCGGGGAUGUGCCCAGACCUUUUAGCCCUCCCAUACAUUCUUCCAGCCCUCCUCCGAUAGCACCCCUAGCCCGGGCUGAAAGCACCUCUUCAAUAUCGUCCACCAAUUCCUUGAGUGCAGCCACCACUCCCACAGUUGUGUCAGAAGAUGAUGUUUUUUAUGACAAACUGCCCUCGUUUGAAAGGCGCUGUGCAACGCCACCAGAGAAUGAACAGCCUUCCCUCGUUUGGUUUGACAGAGGAAAGUUUUAUUUGACUUUUGAAGGUUCUUCUAGGGGACCCAGCCCCCUAACCAUGGGAGCUCAGGAUACCCUCCCUGUUGCAGCAGCAUUUACAGAAACCGUCAAUGCCUACUUCAAAGGAGCAGAUCCAAGCAAAUGUAUUGUGAAGAUCACUGGAGAAAUGGUGUUGUCCUUUCCUGCCGGCAUCACCAGACACUUUGCCAACAACCCGUCUCCAGCUGCUCUGACCUUUCGGGUGAUAAAUUCCAGUAGGUUAGAACACGUCCUGCCAAAUCCCCAACUUCUCUGCUGCGACAAUACCCAAAAUGAUGCCAAUACCAAGGAAUUCUGGGUAAACAUGCCAAAUUUGAUGACUCACCUAAAGAAAGUGUCGGAACAAAAACCCCAGGCUACAUAUUAUAAUGUAGACAUGCUCAAAUAUCAGGUGUCUGCACAGGGCAUUCAGUCCACGCCUCUCAACCUGGCAGUGAACUGGCGGUGUGAGCCAGCAAGCACUGACCUGCGCAUAGAUUACAAGUAUAAUACGGAUGCAAUGACAACUGCUGUGGCGCUCAACAAUGUGCAGUUCCUGGUCCCCAUAGACGGAGGAGUAACCAAGCUCCAGGCUGUGCUCCCACCAGCAGUCUGGAAUGCAGAACAGCAAAGAAUAUUGUGGAAGAUUCCUGAUAUUUCUCAGAAGUCAGAAAAUGGAGGGGUGGGUUCUUUAUUGGCAAGAUUUCAGUUAUCUGAAGGCCCAAGCAAACCUUCCCCAUUGGUUGUACAGUUCACAAGUGAAGGAAGCACUCUUUCUGGCUGUGACAUUGAACUUGUUGGAGCAGGGUAUCGAUUUUCACUCAUCAAAAAAAGGUUUGCUGCAGGAAAAUACUUGGCAGAUAACUAAUAGAAUCUUAUGCAAGGAUUUGGAAGAUUCAUGUAAUGGAGAACUGUUAUAUGAGAAACAGAUUUUAAUUUUGGUUUAAUGAAAACAAACCAGAAUCUGCACUUGGGAUAUAUCUGCUGGAAAUGUCAGUGACUUUCAGCACUGAUUUCCCUCACAUAAUACCAUGAUGAGCAGUCCUACAGUAUUUACUUCUGGGUGUAAUAUUGUUAAUGGUUUUAAAAUGUAAUUAUUGUAUUUGUAAAUUGUACUCAUUCCAGUAAGGCAAUUAGACACUUGAGUUUUAGCAUUUUACCAUUCCUGAAAUGGAUGUAAUUUAAACUGUGGUAUGUAAAUUUAAUAGUAGUCCUGUUGAAUGGCACAAUGCUUACAGAGGUAGAUUGCAUUCUGUCAAUAUAUAAAAUUGAAAUAUAAUAUUGAUAGCUGUCAUAAAGGGGUACCACAUACAAAAUUAAGUGGAACCAGAAAAAACUUCCUUUUCUUCAGUCCUUAGUAAGUUUUAAUGUAGUGCUAAAUAAAAACUCUAUCUUCAAAUGUUUAGUGAGUUAAAUUCAGGAACUAUUUCAGAAAAAAAGUUCUAAUGUUAUGGCAUAUUCAAAAAAAAGCAUUAGUUACCACUUUUUAAAAAGCUUUUUUUUCAAACUGCAAAUUUCAUAAAAAUGCAAACUGUGUAAACAAGGGCCUCUUAUUUUUAUAACUUGUGUAAAAAGGGAAAGUAAUUCAUAUUUAAAGUUUAAGUAUAUGAAAUUAUAACCAAGAGUAAAGAUGAUGUUGAAGUCUUAACUACUUCCCUCUCUCUACAGUUUAGCAAAUGUGGAGAUUGCUGAAUAAUGUCAGACUAGAACCAAAAUUGUGAUUUUAAAAGUUUAAGACUGUCCAUAGUUGAACUGGGUAACAACUUUUCCACAGUCACAUUAAAAAGGGAGUCUGUCCCACCUAGCAAAGCAGAGGGCACCACAUAUCUUCCUUUUUACACAUAGGAAUCAAAACAUUGAGACUACAAAUCUUAAACACAAAAGCAUUUUAGUCCCCUGUUUAAAUCCAGAAGGAGAAUUUUAAUCAUCAUCAUUUAUAUCAUUAGGAAGGAAAAAAAUAAGCUUUAAAAAUGAAAUCCUAUCCACAUUAUUGUGUGAUAAAUUUCCUUUUGGAUAAGAUUCAUUUUAUGUAGCUAUAAAUCUUUGCCAUUCUUGGGGAAUCUAAAAGAGAAUUAUCAAAAAUUUGUGUCUUGAUUUCAUUGUUGCUAGGUAUAAUAAGAACUGUAAUUACUCAAUCUGACCUCUCAAUAUAGGAUUCGAAAUGGAGAAGCACUUCUUCAGAGGUAGGUCCCAGUUGUAAAACCUUCCUUCUUUAUGAUCUGAAAACAUGAAACUUCCUUUAAGUCACAGAACUUAUUUUAAAUAUAAACCAAUUUCUAUUCUAGGUUAUACUAUUAAAUAACUUAAUUAAGUUGUUAUAUUUACCAUUAGUUGCUAAAUUUCAUUUUGCAUUCACUCAUGCUUGACAAAGAAUCUUUACCCCUGUAAAUUUUAGAAUCAAAUUAAAUUUUGUAAGUCUUAUUUUUGAAAUGAGAUUGUGACUGGCAUUUGUUUAUAGUGGAAUUUUUAAAUUAAUUUUUGUACUUUUCAGUCAGUGCUUGCUACCAAAAGAAUGUUCAAAUGAUCUGUUUUACCUUAAAAGAAUUCUUAUUUUUCAAACAAACUCUCAAUUGACUCCCCAAGCAAUCUGGUGUUGAAGUUUUUGAACAAAAAAUUAAUAUAUUCAUUUUAACUAAAUAUACUCAAUUUGAUUUUGAAACAAAAAUAGAGAAUACAAACUUUUAAAUCCCAUGAAACAUGGGGACAUUUCAAAUACUAAAACCAAUCUAGAGUAAGCAGCAGAAAAUUGAAAAUUGUCCAGCAUAUAAAUAUAAAAAUGUGUUUUUAAGUAAUGAAUUCAUGAAAAACAUAUUGAAUAUUAACACAAACCAUAUUUAAAAUGUGUAAAUAUUAGUGGUUUCCAUGUCUUGCUCUUUGUAUUUUAUUGUAUUUUAUUUUUUAAAGUCCUAGAGUGAAUUAGUAACUAAACAUGAGUUUUUUCCAAAGAGUAGUUGUGUUGAUAUUGUAAAAAUAUAAUUUUAAAUGUAGAUUACAAUAAUUGCCACUGUUAUUCAAAUGUUUCCAGGAACUAAAUUUGAAACUAUAAAGAUAUCCUACCAUGUCAUAAUUGGUCUUUGUAAAUCUGAAUGUAAGUCAGUGAUUUCAAAACUGUUCAACCUUGAAUAACCAGAACCUUAAUAGAGAAUAUUCUCUUCUCCUUUCAGAAAAUAGGUCAAAUAAUAACACAGUAAAUUUGUAACAGGGAUUUAAAUUUGGGUAGUUUUUUUGAACCUAAUGGUUUAUAAUCUCCUGUUAUACCUGCAGCCACAAUACUGUACAAUAAGAAUUCUGCUAGGAAAAAUCAUUCUAGACAAUACAAGAGUCUCAGUUAUAGAAGAAACAUUAAAUCAGGUUCAUUAUCCAUUCCUAAAACAGGACAAAAUGGGCUAGUACAUAUUAAGAUUUCAAUACCAGGGGUUAAAAUUUUUAAAAAGGGGUUUCAUUAACAAGAACUCCAUUCCCUGAACAUUAUGAUUUAAAAAGGUUCUGCUCUAAUAAGAUAGAAAGUAUGGAUAUGAUACUGCUUGAUUUUGACAACAUGGAAAGUAUGUUUUUCUUUUCAAAUGAAUUCCAUAUUUUUGUGAUAGUUUUAAAAAUAAAUUCUUUUUAAAAAUUAGUCUGAAUUUUACCAUAACCGGAAUUUAUAAUUCCUAAGAUUUAAAAUUUUUAUUAAUUUUUAAAGCUCUAUUCUUCUUUACACCUAACAGCCAAAAUGAAAAUGCACUGUAUGAUAUUUGGAAAUAUAUUUCACCUGCAAAGAGAAGACAUUUCAAAUGGUUUCAAGGGGGAAGGAAUGUAUUAUUUUUGUUUUUAUGAUUUUUACUCAGUCUCAAUCUGCAAAGUGUUUGAGGCAAUACCUACACAAAUUUCCAUGUCUAAGACUUCUUUACAAAGAAGUCUGGUAACUACAUUAGCUCUACCACCAACUCAUACUAUGUGACCUUAUGUAAAAUGCUGCCCUUUUCAGUUUCUCCCCUUGAGAAUGAGGGAUUGGGGUUGCCAGUAGUUUUCAAGAUAUUCUGAACAGCAGGACCUUUUCUAUUAAAAUUGCACGUGGAAUCCUUGUAGGCAAAAUAGCUCAAAGCAAUGAAUGAGUUCAUCCAGCAGUUUAAUUCCGGGCCCUCCAGAGCACUGAUCAGUGAUCUAUGAAGUUACUUCCACUUCUGAAGCUCCAUGAUUCUACUUAACUCAGAUAAAUCCUCCUUUUGGGGCUUCACAAGAAAAUUUGUACAAUUACUACAAUUGACCUUGUAUAAUAACAAUCGCCAUUUACUUAAGUGCUUACUAUAUGCCAGUCACUAUAGAUAUUAGUUCAUUGAAUUAUUAUGUGAAUUGUACUUUUUAAUUCCUUUUUCACAAAUGGUGACAUUGAGGCUUAGACAGAUUAUUAAUUUGGCUAAAGUGACACAGUAGCUGAAAGGAACCCAGUUAUCUUCACUUGCAGAGGGAGCCCCUUACCUAUUUUGCUUGUUCAUUCUGGGAAAUAAACUCUUCUUUGUUAUUUUACUAGACAGAUUACAUUUGAAUUCCAAGGUAAAAGGUGCUAUGAAAAAUUAGUAUCAAAAUAAGGAUAAUUCCAAUAGCAAAAUUGUUGGAAAAGAACAUGUUUCUCAAAGUAUGAUUUGUGGAUCAUUUGUAUUUUUAUUUUAAAAGGGCAAUGAUUUUGGUUUUGUCACCACUAUAUCUUCAGAGCUUAGAAGAUAGCAGGCAUCAAAAAAUUUAUAAUGAAUGAAUAAAUCUCUAAGGAUGGGGUUUAAAAAUAUGUAUUUGACAAGCACCUGAAAUUUGAGAAUCACUGCCCUAGUAGAUUCCUCAGGUCCUUCUUAGUUCUGACAUUAUAUCAGAUUUUAAACAUUAAAUUAUAAAUUGAAUACCAUUUUUCUAGUGAGUUUAUUUCUUUCAUUCGGUCCAUAUAACUGCCUCCAAUCUUAAAAAAAAUAGAGCUUUUUCUAGGAAAAUCCCUCUCCUUUCCGUAGAGUUCUCCUUUUAUGCUAUCUUACUCUCAAGGUAGCUUGAAAUGCGUUUUCUCAUUUUCACACUUCUGUCCUCUUUAUUGUCUUGAAAGAUUAAAAGAGCCGAGGUGAGAUUGCAAAUACAAAUUGUAUUUGUAUUCCAAAUACAAAGUCUUAAUAAAUGUCUCCCCUUGCAAGGGACACUAACUUGUGAGUUGACACUUUUUUUUUCUUACUUUGACUCAUCUUUAUUCUUUUCUUUUUAAUUGAAUAUAGAUGAUAUACAAUAUUGUGUCAGUUUCAAGUAUACAACACAGUAGUUCAACAGUUACACACAUUAAUUAAAUCCUCACCCCAACUAGUGCAGUUGCUAUUUGUCAACAUAGAAAGAUGUUACAGAACUAAUGGCUCUGUCCAUCCCUGUGAUGAACAUAUUAUGAUUGAGUAAAUCAGAUUAUUUAUAAAUGUGGACUAGUGUCAUUCCAAAAGAGAGGCACCACUCAUUUUUUAUUGGUGUUUCUGUUUUUCAGAAUAAUCACUGGCUGUCAAAGUUAAACAAUUAAAGUUGAAAUGUGCAUAUAUCUACUAAGGAGAUGAUUUUGCAGGGCUUUUUCUUUUUUAAGCUUUUUUUUUUCCAAAAGAUUGCGUAUUUGACCAAAAUCUUAUUCAGUUUAAAUGUAUUCAUUUUGCUACAUGGCUUUCUGAUAAGCAUUUUUUUAAAUGGAAGCAUAAUAUUUUAUGAUAUCAAAAUGCAGGUGAUCUCGAAGUAUCACUUGAAAAGUGAAUAUAAAUGAACACAAUGUUUCCUUGAAAUGAGUCUAAUUAAAUUGUUAAGUGAAUGAACAAAUCAACCCAUGUUACAUUGAUUAAACAGACCGUGCUGACACCCCAACCCACACCCUUUUACUGUGUGCACUUCUCCCUUGAGGCUUUGUUGUAUUUUCCUUUCAGUUUUUUUUCAUUUGGCAGACAGCAUUUAAGUGUCAUUCUCCCAAUCAUUAAUUAAAAGUAGCUUCUAUUAACAUUGCAUUUGUGCAUGAAAUGUAUGGAGGAAAAAUGAGAUAAGGGUGCAAUGUUUAAGCCUCCAAAUAUUAAAAGCAAACAAAUAACAAAAACCCACUAGCUUUCCUCUUGUGUCAUUGUUUCCAUAUUCUGUCAUCUUCUAUAGGCUGGAGUUGCACUUUCAAUAUCUAAUUGAAAUCUAAAUACCCUUCUUGAAGACAUGCCAGAUUUUAGAAUCCAUUGAGUUGACCAUGGCCAGAUCUCUAGUUUGUCCCUCAUGUUUAAUAUCUGAUCUCAUUCUAAAUGAUUACUCCUAUGAGAAAAAGUCACCUCCUUGUUGACAUUCACUAUGAGUAUAAUAAUUUAUUCUCUAGGUUUAGCUUCUAAAGUUAUUUUUCCUUUGAUUUAUAAUAUUUCUGAUUGUCUCCUAUCCCUAGGGUGGUACAUUGCCUGUUCUAACCACAUCUUUAACCUUCUAAGAAAAAUGUUUCAAUGAAAAGCAAAUAUAUUUUUAUGUGUCCCUUAAUAGAUAAGAAAAAUAAAUAAAUGAUAUUUCUACUACAUUCACCUAUAUUCCAGUAUUUUCCAAAUCAUGUUCAGGUCUACUGGUUCUGGCAAACGUUCAUAGUAGCUUGAGAAUAAAUGAUACUAUACCAUAUUCCCCACUCCUUGGACACUGAUAGUAAAUCUAGAAAAUGAAGCCUAGGAAAGUUAUUGGAUCAGGAAAACAUUUUUUUCCUAAACUUGAAGAAACUUAAGAGAUGUUUCCUUUUAACAUCAGUUUAUGCAUCAUUCAACAAUUGCAAAUAAUAUAACCAGGGAUGCUUUGAAAAGAUGCUUCUGGGUUUUUGUUUUAACUGUGAGGGAAAUUCUUGCCAUUUCAAAUUAAUUAGCAUAUAAAUAUUCAAAACAAAAUAAUGAAAUUGUUUUAAUAUUUCAAUUUUUUACGUAUUAUUUUUGAGAUCUUCACCUGUGAGCCAUACAUCUAUCUGUUGCUAUCUGCUGAAGAUGGUCCAAAUUCUUUGCAGAGUGGAAUUAGUGCUAGUGAACAAUCUUUGGUAAUAUUUUGUUAAACAGCUUAAGAAACUGAAUCAUGAUAGAUUAAUGCUGACACAUUUUUCAUAAUCUUAUUAGAAAUUAUAUGAAAAACACUUUAGUUGGAGCUAAGUGCAUAGAUUUUGCAGAACUCUAUAUUAAUGAGCAUUUCAUAGUUCUUUUUUGCUUUGCUUUUUUUACAAAUCAAUUAUUUUCACACAGAAUCAACAAAGUUCUUUUAAAAAAUUCCUGGGCAAACUGUUAUCAGACAUAAAAGAGUAAAGCUGAAUCACUUUAUAUUUCUCUAAACAGAGUUCAAUUUUUAAUUCAUUCGGAGUUUGUGAAUCAGUUUGAUAGAUCAUAGCCAUUAUCAUUUUUAAAAUAUUCUUGAAUGAGUAUAUGUAUCAUGCAAUUGUCAAUUCCAUCUCAGUUGUAUGUUACCUCAUUGACAUUUUGUCUUUUUUUUUUGGUGAAACAAAUGCUUAAUUUUAUUCAUACAAAAUUACUUUAAACUAUUUAAAAUUAUGUACCAAGUGACACUCACUGGCAUCACUAUGUCAAGAUCCAAAGACAUAUUUUUUAUUUUCCUUGUGAGAUGCUAGGAUAAUUCUUAUAGCUGGGUUAAUUUUGCAGGUCAAUAUUUAGUUCUUGCUUGAAAGAUUUUGGCUCCUGUCUAAUCUGUCUCUCUGUUUCUCAACUAAGGGACUUGGAAAAGUGCUGCUGAAUAAUUUUUCUUGAAAAGCCAGUUGUUGGUAUGAUGAUAUGCUAAUUGUACCUAUAAGCAGGGUUUUAUCACAGGCCAAGCAGUAAUUAAUGGAGCUGGCUUUUCAACCUGUUUGAAUAUUAUUGAGUUUCAAAAUACAAAGAAUUUUAUUUCACUUUGUAUAGGAAAAAAUCUAUAUGAAUGAUUGAUCAGAUUUUAAUUUUCAUGCCUACUAACUGGCAAUGUAAGACAUUGUUUUGUUGGGUUGUACUUUUUGUACUUUAACAAUAAGAAAAACUAGAAAAAGAAUCUCAAAGAAAUUUUGCUGUGUUUCUAAAGGUAAUAAAAUACAGUCAAUUGUCUUUCUUAAGGGAAAUGCUGUUAGUGUAUACUUUAAUAAUAUAAUACUUCAAAUGGUGGUAGCCUUUAUUUAGUAUUCUCCAUGAUCUUUGUAGCAAAAGCAAACUGAAUUUCUUUAUGACCUUGUACAGAGUAUGUAAUUUCACAGAACAACUUGGGCAUAAAAUAUUUAUAAAAGGAAUUAUGGGUUAAAAUACUCAAGUAUACUUUUUAAAUUUAAUUAAAGUGCCCAUGUCUGGCUCUUUUUCCUACAUGUGUAAUUCAACAGAGAAUAUUUUAUUCUCAUAGCUACUGGUUUGUCUGGGAUGAAAGUUUUACUGCUUCUGUGCUGUAUUUGAGAGAAAACAAGCAAAAAAGCAACAGCUUGUUCCUUCACAGAACUGUAGCAAAGCUCUCUGUUGAGCAAUGGUGACAUGAAUGUGUAAUAUUACUUAUUGAAGGUAAUCAUGAGAACAUUUUAACAUUACUUGCCUUAUAAGUUAGAAAGGUGUGGAUAUCAUUUUUUGUAAAUGAUGACUUUUACAACUGAUUUUUCCGUCAUAAUUGUCCCAAUCACCCAUUUCACAAAAUCCUGAAUAUGCAAUUAUUUAUCAUGGUACAUCAUUGUAACUACGGUUCCCAUUUCAGAACAAAGUUCAAUUAUAUGUGAGAACAAGAUGAAAUAUCUGAGUAAGUUGUUAUUUAAAUGUGCUUUUUUUCUGAAAAUAAAUAGAAAAUUAAAAAAUGAA